AUGAUAAAGAAAACCUCUCUUGCUCCCCCUUGGUCACGAGAAAGAAUUUUUGGCCAACAAAGGAGGAGUUUUCGUAUUAGCAUUCAUAAUUCCGGAUCAAAUCCACUUUGAAUGGGUUUAAUUGAAGCGAAGGACUGUUUGAAGCAAUCAAUAGAAAGUAAAAAAUGGGGGAAUUACUCUUUAUUUAAGCAAGGAGCAAACUAUCAUUAA